AUGAUAUUUGCUACUUAUUGCCCAGUACUACUAAUGGAUUCUAAAACUAUAGGCAUUUUGGGGGGUGGCCAGUUGGGCAGGAUGAUUGUGGAGGCCGCCAGUAGGCUCAAUAUCAAGACUGUGGUCUUGGAUGCUCCUAACUCUCCCGCAAAACAGAUAAAUGCUGGCGAGCACGUUGACGGUUCGUUUAACAAUGUCGAUGAUAUUGCCAGAUUGGCCAAAAAAUGUGACGUUUUGACGGUGGAGAUCGAGCAUGUCGAUGCUGAUGCUCUUGAGCUGGUCAGAAAGUCCAUGAAUGUGGAAAUUUAUCCACUUCCAGAAACGAUCAAGUUGAUCAAGGACAAGUAUUUGCAGAAGGAACAUCUUAUUAGCCAUGGAAUCAAGGUUGCUGACCUGGUGGCGGUGUCUGAAAACUCCGAGAGUGCAUUGGCUGAAAUUGGUGCCAAAUUCGGGUAUCCUUUCAUGUUGAAAUCAAGAACAGAUGCCUACGAUGGACGAGGAAAUUUCGUGGUCAAAAGCCCUGAAUUCCACGCUGAAGCGUUGGAGUUUCUCAGCAAUCGUCCUUUGUAUGCUGAAAAGUGGUGCAGGUUUGCCAAAGAGUUGGCGGUGAUGGUGGUGAGGACAAUCGAUGGUGAGGUCCAUGCCUAUCCAACGGUUGAAACCGUCCAUAAAGAUAACAUUUGCCAUGUGGUAUAUGCUCCAGCGCGAGUACUGGACACAGUGCGUUCGCAUGCCCAGAUUCUUGCCAAUAGCGCCGUGAAAACGUUUCCUGGCUGUGGUAUUUUUGGCGUGGAAAUGUUUCUUCUUCCCGAUAACGAGCUCUUGGUCAACGAAAUAGCGCCCAGACCCCACAAUUCGGGUCAUUAUACCAUCGACGCCUGUGUGACGUCGCAAUUCGAGGCCCAUGUUCGUGCUGUGGUUGGUUUGCCCAUGCCUCGAAAUGUCACCAGUUUCUCCACCACCAAUACUGCAGCCAUAAUGGUGAAUGUUUUGGGAGAUGAUGUUCCCAACAAGGAGUUAGAGGCUUGUAGCAGAGCUUUGGAGACUCCUCAUGCAUCGGUGUACUUGUAUGGAAAGACUACACGACCAAAGAGAAAAUUGGGUCACAUUAACAUUGUCACUUCCAGUAUGGCAGAUGCCGAAGAGAGACUCAGAUACAUAAUGGAAGGCCGUGCUCCAAUUCUGUCUAUCCAGGAAGCAAAAGAAGCUCCUUUGGUGGGUGUAAUUAUGGGUUCUGACUCCGACUUGAAAGCCAUGUCUGUGGGUGCAGAUAUUCUCAAAAAGUUUGGAGUUCCAUUUGAACUCACCAUCGUCAGUGCCCAUCGCACGCCUCAUAGAAUGAUCGAGUAUGCCACCAAGGCUGCUGAGCGUGGAAUUAAGGUGAUUAUAGCCGGUGCUGGAGGAGCCGCACAUUUACCAGGAAUGGUCGCAGCCUUAACACCACUUCCAGUAAUUGGUGUUCCUAUCAAGGGUUCGACCCUCGACGGUGUGGAUUCGCUACACUCGAUAGUACAAAUGCCUCGUGGUAUUCCGGUUGCUACGGUUGCUAUUAAUAACUCUACCAAUGCGGCCCUUUUGGCGGUACGUAUUCUUGGAGCCGCCGACCCCAAAUGGCUCACGGAAAUGACCAACUAUAUGAACUCCAUGGAGGAGGAGGUGCUUGCCAAGGUGGAGCGCCUCGAGACCACGGGAUACGAUAAGUACUGA